AUGUAUUCUGAAACUCCUGUCGUUGCUGUUCUUAUCCAAGAAACCACCUAUACAAAAGGCUUGAUAGGUGAGGUAGAUGUUCUCGAAAUAUUGAGAAGCGUUGGCAUCGAAGUUAUUCAUAAAGG